AUGGAAGAGGAUUCAUCCUCUGAAAGGGAAAAUGGUCAAGAAAUCCCUGGACCAAGUCGAAAACGAUGUUAUCCGAGUGCUUGGAUGUCUGGAACGGAAUCGCAAGUGGUGAAUAAAAAACUAAAAAGAUCGCAAUCGGAAACCAAGACGGAAUCAAGUAGAACAAUGCUUCUGGGAUCGCUGCGCUCUAGAUCUCCAGAAAGUAGACAAGUUGUGGAGGACACUUUACCUUAUGAACUAAUGGUGACCACAUCGCAAACACCUCUGGAGGAUAUGCAACCAAACUCAAUUAGCAGCUCCAUCAGCAGUGUCCAACUUUUCUCAUCUGAUUCGGAUACUUCUGGUUACACCACCGAGAGUAGCUAUCAAACGGCCUCUGGAUACGAGCGUCUUGCACAAACCAGCUCCUAUGCUAGUAUCCAAACUUAUUACGGACCUGCGGAUUUCCUCUGGGAGAUUCACCUGGCAAUCGAUCCUUCAGCCACUGGAGAGGAGGUUCAGUCCGUUCACCAGGACAUGCGGGAUUUGCUGAUCAACGAGAUGGGUUUGAUCGGAGACACAAACAAUCAAGCCAUCUAUCUUAUAGCAUAUAACUAUAUGUGAUCGGCUUAACUGAUUUUUAAAUUCAAUUUAUUUUAAGACCCCUAUGGGAAGGCGAAAUAAAAACCAUAUAAACAACGAUAUAAACAAAAAACAAA